AUGGUCGGAUAUCAGUUAUUCAGGUCCUGUAAUUUCAGAACCAUUUUUUUUUCUUCCUUUUUCAUCUUUCAAUCUCGUCUUUUGCAGACAUUCAAGCGCAGGAAUGGAGGUCGCAACAAGCACGGCCGUGGCCACGUCAAAUUCAUUCGAUGCUCCAACUGCGGCAAAUGCUGCCCUAAGGACAAGGCAAUCAAGAGAUUUCUGGUGAGGAACAUUGUUGAACAGGCGGCAGUCAGAGAUGUGCAGGAGGCUUGCGUCUAUGAACAAUACACGCUUCCCAAACUGUAUGUGAAGAUGCAGUAUUGUGUUUCCUGUGCCAUCCACUCUCAUGUUGUUAGGGUUCGAUCUCGCACUGACAGGAGAAAGCGUGAUCCUCCUCAACGAUUCAUCAGGCGCAGGGAUGAUGCACCAAGGCCUGGUCAGCCUGGUCAAGCCCCAAGACCUGCUGGGGUAGGAGCUCCUACCCGUACUUGA